AUGGAAUCCUCACAGCCUUCCCCAUUCGAUCGAUCACCCCAGUCGGCUGGUGUGACCAUCACCGCCGCCAACCAGCUUGUCCUUGACUACAUCGAGGCAACCUUCAACGCCAUUAUACAAGGAAUUAGACAGCCGUCCGGCCAUGGCAAGCCGGUCAUUGCGUUGAAUCGAAUAGUGGGGGUGAAACCUUACUUUGCUGAGGACGACACGACGCACUUGAGUUGGCACAUCGAAUCUCGAGAAGUCAAAUAUCACUUUCCGGGCCAGAACAAGUCCGAAGCUUGGAGAUUCGCAUGUGUUGGGCGAAUAUUGCGCGAGAUAUAUGUUGCAAUCAAGCAAGGUGUCACAAUCACAAAGAGGGACAUUUAUUACCACGACGUUGCCCUUUUCAAGAAUCAAGAAAUUGUGGAUCGAUAUGUCGAUGACAUUGCCCACACUUGCCAGGUGACGAGACGAGACCUUAACGUUGUCGCUAGCCCGAAAGGCCUCGUCGCCGGACUCUGUGACCCCCGCAUCGGCGAGCAGGCAUCAGUCAUCCAGACUAUUUGUGUAAACACUCCGUUUACCGCCACAGGACAUAUCAACUGGAUCCUUGUCAUAGAAAAAGAAGCAACAUUCAAUGCUCUGACCGAAAGAGAAUUCCACCGGAACCCUACCGUCGGCCCAGGCCUUCUUGUUACCGCCAAAGGAUAUCCUGACAUAGCCACUCGAAAUUUCCUGCGUCAGCUUCUCGAUCACGCUCCGUCCUCUGUCCCAGUAUUCGGCUUGUUCGAUUGGGAUCCAGACGGCGUCAGGAUUUUGAAGUGCUAUCUGUACGGAUCGAGGAAUUUGGCACAAGAGCAUGGUUGUAACAUCCCAGAGAUGAGAUGGGUAGGCCUCAAGGCAGAAGACGUGGUUUCGAAUAAUGAUAUUGGCAGCCCGGUUUUGCAGUUGUCGAAACGUGACCGAGUAACAGCCAUCGGAUUGCUAGCGAGCCAGGAGUGGCGUGACCAAGCAGGCACUGUUCUGCCAGGUCUGCAAGAGGCGGUCACUGAAAUUCAGCGGAUGCUUAUGUUGAAUCGAAAGGCCGAGAUCCAAAGUUUGGAUGAGGGGCAAGGUGGCCUUGAGGACUGGUUGACAGGAAGACUGAUACAACAGCUGUGUUGUAACACAUGA